UCGCCGUUUUUAACUCUCCCGGAAGUAAAACAGAAAAGAAAACACAUUGCCGAGACAGUCUGGUAUGAGUCCUCGUCAUUGCGUUGAUUACGGCAUCGUUUCCUGUUUAUGUAGUUAACAUUCCGUUUAUAUAACAUAGCAAACACAAGUAGCUAUUAAUAUUCUCAUAAACUUGUCUUGGUGCGCCUUAAAGCUUCGUAAACUCUCUCAGCUUGCUAGCUGCAAAGUUAGCAACAUAUCGUUCAGCAGCGCACGAGUGUAGAUGUAAAGUGUUAUGAUUAUCGUGUGAAAAUGUGUAAAGUUGAAAUGCUGAGAGCGUUGCUGAAUCAGCGACUAAAUGCGGCCGUUGAAGAAGUAUUUGUAGUGUUUGAAAGAACGAUAGCUGAGUACGAGAAGGAACUUUGUAGGACGAAAGAGGAGAACGAGCGGCAACGACAACUCCUGGAUGCUGUUUUCAAGAAACCUCGACACGUACCAGAUGUCAGUGAAGAAGAUCUGAAUCCAGAACAGCAGGAUCGGAGCUCCAGGGUGGAACAGGAGGAGCCAGAGCCUCCCUACAUUAAAGUGGAAGAGGAUGGAAAGCACCUUCAAGGGCUGGAUUUCUCGGUGUAUCGUGUCAUUGUGAAGAGUGAAGAUGAUGAAGACAAAGGUCAAGGGGAAGAAGGUGCAAGCAGCAGUUCAAGUCGUCACAAGACAACAAAAGGUGAUGGAGGAUCACAAGCAGACAGCCGCUUAGCGCCAUUGUCUGAUAGUGGUGACACAAUGUCUGACACUGACGAUGAGCACUCUAAAAAUGAUGUGACAGGACACACUGAUGACAAACACGUGAAAUGUACUCAGUGUGACAAAACGUUUGGAAACAAGCGGAAUCUGAAACGACACAUGAGAUGUCACACCGGAGAGAAACCCUUCCUGUGCUCAGAUUGUGGCAAAAGAUUCUCUCGGAAGGAUUAUUUAAUAACACACACCAGAAAACACACAGGAGAAAAACCUUUUUCCUGCUCAGUCUGCAACUCAAGUUUUACUUUUCAGUCGGCAUUAUUUCAGCACAUGGAAACCCACUUUGGGGAGAAACCGCAAUGUCCUCAAUGUGACAAAACCUUUGGCAACAAGAGAAACCUGAUAAGACACAUGAGGCGUCACACGGGAGAAAAACCAUGCAUCUGCUCAUUCUGUGGUGAAAGAUUCUCCCUGAAGAGAAGUUUGAUCAGACACAUCAGAACACACAUUGGUGAGAAAACCUUCUCCUGCUCCAUCUGUGACACAAGUUUCUGCUAUCAGUCCGGUUUGAGUAAGCACAUGAAGAAACACACCGGCGACGGUGUUGAGCUUAAGUGUGUGUGAUUUGCGACCCUUUCAGUUUGAGCAACAUCCAAGUGAUGAUGUACCAAGACAAAGGUAACAGGUAUGGAAAACAGUUUGAGCAUUUAUUCAUUGCUCCUGUUAUCCAGUGAAAGGUCCACGUACAAGUACCCUCUUUGUUCUCCCUAGUAGGACAAGAUUGGCGCACAAGUGUGUACAUGUACCCAAACACUGAUACAUGUGAAUAUUAGCCAGAUGAUAUGUAUUUAUAUUGUAUAUGUGGACUGCUGUGAUAUGUUGUGAUGUGCUCAACCGCUAUUAUAGUCGUGGAGAUCUGCAGUAGCUUUCUGUCCUUGAUACUCUACACGUAUUCUCAUGCUUAAUGUGUGUACUUCCAGGCACUCAUCGGUAUAAGUAGGCCAUCCCUCAUUUACUGCCACAACCAUGCCAUAAUGUUGUUCAAUAAAGAUGUCAACUCUUGGGCAAAUAUAAGCUUGGAA